CCCGACUUCUCCAAUCCUCCUACCUUGCUUUCUCAUCAAUAGCAUUUGCGCUUCUACCUGUCUUCUACUGACCAAUUUACCACCUCUCGCCUGAAACAGUCGCCCCCCGAUGAAUUCCCCACCCCUGACCCUCGAAUGAUCGUCUCUCCGCAUCCUGCAUCGACCUCCGCAUUUCCUCGUUAUUCUGCUCUUCUCCGCCUUCACCCUGCUGCAUGGCGAGGAAACUCAGCCACCAGAGGGUCACGUAUGUGCUCCCUCUGCCUGACGCACCCGGUGGCCAUCGCCUAGGUGUCAAUGGCCUGGCAGUCGACCCCGACCAAUCCAUCCUUUACUCCGCAGGUCGCGACGGCGUCGUCUGCUCGUGGGAUCUUAACUUCUCGCUCACCGACCCCUCUAACCCCGGCAAAACCACCUUUCGCAACCAGGUCCAGGCGCACAGCCAUUGGAUCAACGACAUCGUGCUGACCAAGGAUAACUCCGCGCUAGUCUCGGCCUCGUCAGACACCACCGUCCGACUCUGGCGCCCUCACUCCGAAUCCACCGAGGUGCCGGCUCCCAUCGGCAAACACGCAGACUAUGUCAAGGCCCUGGCCACCCCCGGAAACCAUUCGUCGUGGGUCGCGUCGGGCGGCCUGGACCACAAGCUCUACCUGUGGGAUCUGAACGGUGGCGGCGAGGUGCUGGGGAUCGAUGCGUCCGGGGAUGAUCGCACGGCCAAGGGCUCCGUUUAUGCUUUGGGCGCUGUCUCCUCCGUCCUGGCGAGCGGCGGUCCGGAAAACGUGGUUCGCGUGUGGGAUCCGAAAUCCGGAAAGCUUAUCACCAAGUUUGUCGGUCAUACAGAUAACAUCCGCGAUAUCUUGAUCAAUCGCGAUGGUGACACCAUCAUGACCGCCUCGUCCGACCAGACCAUCAAGAUCUGGUCCCUUACCGCGGGAAGAUGCAUGCAUACCUUGACCAUGCAUAAUGACAGCGUCUGGUCGCUGUAUUCCAACCACCCGCAACUGUCGGUGUUCUAUUCCAGCGACCGGUCCGGUCUCGUCGCCAAAACAGACACCCGGAAUUCUCCGGACAUUGAGCAGGGCACGUGCGUGGCGGCUCUGCAAGAGCACGAGGGCGUCGUCAACGUUGUAGCCGCGGGCGAUUACAUUUGGACGGCAACCCCUAAGUCGAGUAUUCAUCGCUGGCGGGAUGUGGACACCACGGCUGAGAUUGAGCCCCCUGCACGAGACCGCAAUGUGCAGACGCAGGCGCCUACGUCUGCGCCAUCAGACGGCCGGCCCAAGAAGAUCCCAUAUGAAUCGGUCCUGUUGCUGUCGCCUACCUCCACUUUCCCUAAUGCGCGCCCCCUAGACGAUGAGACGCCGCGCUCGGGGCCGGCUUCUCCCCGGCUCUUGUCUGGUCCUGACCUCGACGAUGAGUUGGGGUUGACGCUGCCUAUACAGGCAUUGCCCGAGGAAACCAUCGAAGGUCAACAUGGAUUGAUCAAAUACUCCAUGUUGAACGACCGGAAACGGACAUUGACUCAGGACUCCGCUGGUGAAGUUGUUCUGUGGGAUUUGCUCAAGUGUAAACCAAUCCAAUCUUUCGGUAAGAGACAUAUGGACGAUGUCGCGUCCGAGAUCAACACAACCGAGAGCAUCGCUCACUGGUGUACCAUCGACAUUCGAACCGGGCGUCUUUCCGUGAUUCUAGAGCCUGGCCGGUGUUUCGAUGCUGAAGUGUAUGCCGACGAGUCGGAUCUGGCGGACCAGUCGCAAUUUCGGGAGGACCAAAGGAUUAAUCUCGGAAAAUGGAUUCUGCGUUGGCUAUUCGCACCUCUGGUGCAAGAGCACGUUCAACGGGACGCCCAGUUCCGUGCUGCGAUGGUAGCCAAGGCGGAAGAAUUGGCUCGCUUGACCAGCACUGGCGCGUCAGCCCCGGUCGACAUUCCAUCGGCAGAUCCCUCGAGGCGGGCGCUGGGCUUGCAGUCGCCUCUAGACCCCUUCACAGCCACUUUUAGGUCUGGUUACGAUUCGAUCGGUAGCCCUACGACACCCGGCGGGUUCGGCAUCGGGUAUGCCGGCAGCCCGGCGACUAUGGGAUCACCCAUGUGGACUUCCAGUUACAUCAACAAUGCGAGUCACCUGGGCACCUCUCCUGGAGAUUCGACGUCGGAAUAUCUCAUGUCGCAGUCGCAGCAAAAUGCGGACAUGACCCGGGCCUCUUUCUCGGACCGCUCCAGCGACUACUUUUCAUCGUCACGAAACCAGGGUAUGGGCUCGCUCGACACCGAUAAGGUGCCGACUACCCCAGGCGAGCCGACCCCGACGGCUCUCCCGCAGUCUCCGGUCGAGCCCGACAAGGAGGAGCGGAAGCGCGGUGCGUCGUUGUUUGGGAAGAAGUUCCGCAUGGAUUUCCCCAAGAAGCUGGGGCGGACCUCAUCGGAGGUCAAGCCGCAGGUCCCAGAGGAGAAGGUGGAGGAGUCGGAUAAGUCGUCGAUCAAGGAAGAGAAGGUGUUUGAGACUAACCUGGGAGGGUUCAUUGAGCGAACGCGGCACGAGUAUGAGGAGUUCAUGUCUGCCAACCCUGGCCGGGAGUUGACGUCGGCGUUCACUCCGAGCCCAGAUAAUGAGACUCCGGUCCUGGACAUUCCCCCGCGCACAGUGGUAUUUAUUCAAGAAGAAUCGGGUGAUACGGCUGUGGCGUCUGAUCUGUACCGAGGGACGGUUGGCCGGAUCAGCGAGGAGAUCGACAAGCUGGAGAAGUCGAUACCCUUGUGGCUUGCUGAGCUGCUCCUGAAGAACCAAGUGCCAGUGAAAGAACCGGUGAAAAUUGCUUUCACACUGAAGCCAUACGAUGAUCUAUUGCCCCCUGUAGCCAAACCAGAGCCGCCCGGGAGCCCCAAUGCCAACAACAAUCGCCUCAACGCGAAUCGCAUGCUGCGCGCCAAGAAGAUCCUGGCCUACGUGGCGGAGCGGAUCGAUCCUCCCAACCCCCACGAGCCGGAAGCAAACCCCAUGAAAGCCGAGGAGUAUCUGGAGCUGUAUUGCCAGAGGAUGCCCAUCCCCCCGAACAUGACUCUGGCGACGAUCCGGGCGCACAUCUGGCGAUCCUCGGGCGACAUGGUCCUGUACUACAAGGCCAACGGGAAGAAGGAGAUCCGCAUGCCGGCGCCCGAGGAGGAGAAGGAGACUGGGACUGGAUUUGGGACGGCGUUGGCGCUGAAUGGCGAGGCGGGCAGUGCGCCCCCGGCCAGCAUUCGGUCGCACGCGGCUUCGGGCUCGGCGGUCUCGGUCAGCAAUGCUUAGGGGGUGGAGGAUUUCCUGUUAAUAAUUGGUUGGGCUCGUCUGAUGAUGGGCCGGUACAUACACCUGUGGAUUUGCGAUACCAAGAUAUUGUGCGAUCUGCGCAGCGAAUUGAUUUUGAUAUUGUGGAUGGUGG